AUGAAGAUAUUAUUUUCUUUAAUAUUAAUUAUAACAAUAACAAUUAAUUAUUGUAAAUCAAUGAAUUUAGAUACUAAUAGAAUUGAUUAUUCAAAGAUUAAUAAAGGUUUAAACCAACAACAAUGUUUUACAUCAAGCAGUCAAUUUCCAACAGGUUACCAAAGUGAAUUUAUUGAGUUUAGUUUCAAUGGUAAUUUCCCACAAAAUGAUGGUAGUGGUGGUGUUCAACAAUUAUCAUUUUUUGAAAAGGGUUUCAUUGACAUGGAUUUUGUUGGAGAGCAAUUGUUUGUAGAAUAUUACUUUGAUGAUGGUAAUACUCAAAGUUUAGGUAAAUUAUGGGGUUUCUCAGGAAAUAGUACUCAAUAUAUUAGUGUUAAUGUAAAUGGUACAAAUUAUUGUAUUGAACAACCAUUAAAAUUUACAGUUCCAACUUUUAAUGGUUUAACCUAUAUUGGUGAUUACGAAAUUGGUAGUGUUCAAUGUGACGUUUUCGAAGGUCAAUCUGUAACUGGUAAUUUCACUAAACAACUUGUCUUUGUUGAUAAAUCCGAUUGCAGUUUCAUUUCAAGUAAUGGUGAAAACAUUAAUUCCCCACUUGGUUACUCAAUAAUGAAUUUAUACAAAUUCCAAUCAUCUGCUGACCCAUCUUAUUUCCAAUUACCAAACAGUUGCCUCAAUCCUCCAUCAACUUUAUUAAAAAACUCUCAAAUUAAAAAAUUAACUCAAGUAUUACCAAAAAUAAUUGAAUAUUAUCCAUUUUAA